AUGAAGCUUUGGCUUUCCUUUGCUAUUGGCUUUCCUAUUGCAGUUGUCCUUGGUCACCAUUUUAUCAUUGUUUAUCCUUUCGCUAGGCUUGCCGAUCUUUGCUCCAAUGCUCGCAACUACCAUGCAACUUCAGGUGUAAUCAACGCUAUCGAUCACCCAUUCUGUUUCUUGGUCAAUGUCUUUACGCAUGCUAUGCACGACUCCUUUGGAUAUGAACUUAGCUGGAUACUCCUUUUCUUCUUUGGCUCAGUCCUCACCAUCAUGCUAGUUGAAGGAUCACGUUCCGGUACCAAUUGGAUCAUAUCCUGCGUAUCUUUGUGGGGAUUCAUUGCAAACAUGAUAGGCAUAUCAAUAACCUUGCCGUUGAUGUGGGUGCCUGCAUUUUACUAUUGCUAUGGCGACAACAUUACAUCCGCUCAAUACUCUAUAAGCGCAUCUCGACUCUAUGCUACUUUAAUCGCCAUAUUAAUGUGUUACCUACUGCCAACCAUCUUUAUGCUUUUCGGUACCAUACCAUACAGCCCCAUGGAGAGCAACGUCAUCGCCUUGUGGCAGCUAGCUCCCUUAUUAUUGUCACCAGCACAUUAUAUCGCAACGUGGAUAUUCGACAAAGUAAAGAUCACUGACGACAAGCGUAAGGCUGUGUGGAGACUUUAUAUGCCGAUUGGUGCUUUCAACGCUGUGAUUUUCUAUGCGGCAUGUGUACGACUCAAAUCUAAAGGCCUGCUCAAUAUGGCAACAUUGGUCGGCAUAGCGACCCUUUACAAAGAUGAGAUGGAUUUGACAUCGCUUACUCUUGAGCAGCUGGGCAAACUUGGUGCUACACACGUUUUUCUUUUGGAUACGGUUGUUACGUUUGGAGCAUGCUGUGUAUGGGCGGCUUUAGAGAAUGGUUACAAAGGCUUGGUGGUCUUGUUGCUGUCAUCCAUCCUUGCAGGACCAGGUACCGGACUUUGUAUAUAUGCAGUAUACCGGGAAGAGAACAUGAUGACAAAGAACUCGAACAAUUACAAAAAGGAACAAUAG